CGUGGUCUAACUAAGCACUUGAAAAAAUAUAUUUCAUUAUUCAGAAGACAAGUCGUUUUCCUCCACAAGUGCCAAACUUAUAUAAGUCUCUCUGCCUGAUCACGGAAUGUCCAUAGGCAUCUCCGCAUCUCCCCAAACGAAUCUCUCCUCUCAAUUUCCAAGCUAUUUUAGCAACCGACGUCCAGUUUUCUCUUGUGGGUUUUUAUCAAUCCCCAAGAAAACCCAGUCAUUGACAAAACUCCUUGGCUUCUCAUAAUCCAAACACUCAUUUUUGGAAUUUAUUCCUAACGACAAUUGUUUCAUUUCUGAUUAUCACCGCUCGAAUAUACUAUAUAAAGCAAACACUAAAAACCCAUCUGAGCCAGAAGAAUCUUCUUCUGGGCCUGCUUUGAUUUUUCUCAGCUGGUGGUUCUUCAAUUUUCAGAAAAUGGGCAGUGAGAUCCAGAAUUUUGAAGAUUCAAAACUGUCAUCUGAAGUAAUGGAGGACCAUCAGGCAUGUUCACUGAAGGAAGGUAAAGGAAAGCGGCUGUGGAAGAAGGUGAAGUAUCAGCUGGUUGAGUACCACACUUUACCCAACUACUUAAGGGACAACGAGUACAUUUUGGGCCAUUACCGGUCCGAAUGGCCGUUGAAGCAGGUCUUGCUUAGUAUGUUUACUAUCCACAAUGAGACGCUAAAUGUUUGGACGCAUUUGAUCGGGUUCUUCCUUUUUCUCUCCCUGACCAUAUACACUGCAGUGAAGCUUCCAGAGGUCGUUGAUCUUCAUGCUCUACAGCAUUUUCCUGAUGUGCUGAAAAAAGCUGAUUUGCAUAAAUUACAUGAAGAAUUCAUGACAUGCCUCCCUUCCUUACCCAACAUGCCUGAUCUGAACAGACUUAGAGAAGAGUUGAAGACUUCAUUACCUUCAAUCGAUCUGCUGCCGUCACUCUCUGGUUGGCAUGUCAUGGAACUUCUGAAUAAUUGUUUGCCUCAACGAUUCUCCCAUGGCAACCAAACUGAUGUUUGUGUUCUGAGUAGCAUGAAGGAGGAUUUAGCGAACAUAAUAGCACCACUUAUGCUGAGGCCAAUCACACGAUGGCCAUUCUUUGCUUUCUUGGGAGGAGCCAUGUUUUGCUUGUUGUCCAGCAGUGCAUGCCAUCUUCUCUCUUGCCAUUCUGAGCGAAUGUCAUAUAUCAUGCUCAGACUGGACUAUGCUGGAAUUGCAGCCCUUAUAUCCACCUCAUUUUACCCCCUUGUCUACUACUCCUUCAUGUGUAACCCUUUCUUCUGCAACCUCUACAUGGGAUUUAUAACCCUCUUGGGAAUUGCUACAGUAUUGGUUUCCCUCAUACCAGUCUUUCAGAAUCCUGAAUAUCGUAUUGUUCGUGUAUCUCUAUUUUUAAGCAUGGGCAUGUCUGGGAUUUUACCUGUUAUGCACAAGCUUGUCUUGUUUUCUGAUCAACCUGAGGCACUCCACACAACUGGGUAUGAGAUUCUAAUGGGGGCCCUCUAUGGGGUUGGAGCCUUGGUUUAUGCCACAAGGGUUCCGGAACGAUGGAUGCCUGGGAAAUUCGACAUUGCAGGGCACAGCCACCAAUUGUUUCACAUAUUAGUAGUGGCAGGCGCGUACACUCAUUACCGUGCGGGGCUUGUUUACCUCAAAUGGCGCGAUCUAGAAGGUUGCUGAAUUAGUAAAUUAGGGAGAUGGCCUCUAGUGUACUAGUGGGUGAGGUCUUUUGUUUGUUGUUCUUCUUUGUGUAGCUGAAGACUGAAGUUGGUGUAGUGUAGUUAUGUGAUUGCCCAUUGUCACUCUGUAAAUUCAAGCACAAUGUUAAACGUUGUGCUUGGUUCCAAAGAAAAAAAAAUAUUAUUUGUCAGAAAUUGAAAAAAAUAAUUGUCUUAGAGUAUUUAGCCGGACGUGUGUAGAACAACUUGUAAGUUGUAAUGUUCGUAUCAAAAUCCAAUAUAAUAAAGACGCCGGCUUCCCUCUA